GUCAUUUACACAAAAAAAAAAUCCCAAUCGGCGAUUCAAUGUCGACAUGGACGAGGGACGACGACAAGCUCUUCGAACACGGCCUGGUUUUGUACCCUGAGAACAGCGCCGACCGGUGGCAAUUGAUCGCCGAUCAUGUCCCCGGGAAAACAGCCGACGAUAUCAUGGCUCAUUACGAUGACCUUGUUCACGAUGUAUAUGAAAUUGAUUCGGGUCGGAUUGAUCUACCGAGCUAUACGGAUGAUCCGGUUGAAUUGGAAGGCGAUUGUCAGAUUACAUCGGGGUCAAACAAGAAGAGUAAUGAAAUUGAGAGGAAAAAGGGUACACCAUGGACUGAAGAUGAACACAGGUUAUUCCUUAUCGGGCUGGACAAAUACGGGAAGGGUGACUGGAGAAGCAUUUCAAGAAACGUAGUGGUAUCAAGGACACCAACACAAGUGGCUAGUCAUGCUCAAAAAUACUUCAUUAGACAACAGGCAAUGAAGAAAGAACGGAAAAGGUCAAGCAUCCAUGAUAUUACAACUGCAGUGGAUACCAACCCAGUGCCUCCUCAAAGCAGCUUUCAAAACCAAAGUGGCAGUCAAAAUUUCAACUUCGCGAUGUAGCUGGAAACAAAAAAGAACAAUCAUACCUGUACAUAGACGAACCACCUGCAAUCAAAUGCUCGAACUUGUAAAGUUUAUUGUACUUUCUAGUUGACAGUUGAUUUUAGUUAGUGAAUCCAGGAGCUUAAAGAUCGAUCUUUGGUCUUUUUUCUCAAGAUGAAAUUGUUGGCAAAAUGGUUGAAGAACAUAAUAUUGUUAAACGUUUCUAGCCAUAAUGUAUUUGUUUAGUA